UAUCUAUCUAGGCAUCCAUUUUCCGAAUGCUAUGAUUUUAUAUAUUCAUACGUUUUCUAUAUUUCUGCUUAUUUAUGCCAAGAUUAUACCACACACAAACAUUUUGAAUACUUCUUUUUUUAACACAUUAGAAUACAUCUUCAACAUUAUAUAUAACUAUAAGCAAUUUUUACAUGUCUAACUUUACGGUUUUAUCGACCCUACGAUCAGUAAGCCAUAUGAACAUUUUACUUGUAUUUGUGAAAUUUAAUCCGAUAAAAUAAUAUAUAAAUAGCUUAUUUAUUCUGGAAAUAUAGUUUUUCUUAUAAAUUCACCUCAGUAAGAACCGAACCUAUACAUUAAUAGAAACUGAAAAUAUGUUUUUGGUCAGAUUAGAGCAGGCGGGGCUCCACUUGUUUGUUCCGACCCAAAUGUAGUUUUCAUUGUCACUUUCUUCUUCUUUUUAGUCGUAUGACGUAAAAGUGAUUAUUUACACUUUAAAAGUUGUUUUGUCCUACGCAUUGUGACGUGGAGCAGUAUUUUUAAAACUCAAUAUUAUUUAAAGAUAAAAGUUGGACACAUUAUAAAUAGAUAGCAUUGGCUGGUUUAAAAUGGAUAACAAAAUUAUUCAUUUUAAACAAAGAAAAACUAAUUUGACGACAAUUUUAAUCGUAUUGCUGAAGUUAUAGAGAUACGCCUAGAAGAAAAAAAACUUUGACAUAUCAAGAAGAUAAUCAAAGUGAAAGACAUAUAAGCCAAUAUAAGUAUGAACAGAAAAACUGAAAAGCCAAUAUGAAUGAGUUGUUAGUUGCAUGUAUCUAUGUGUGAACAAGUUCAUAACCUUUCGAGUCUGUGUGGUUACAUUUACUUUGUGUUUUUUUUUCCUGUAGAACACUUCAGACAAGUUAUGUCUUAGUCACUUUAUCGGUCUUCGGUUUUGUAAAAAACAAAAGCCGAACUAUAGUAACUCAUUUAUGUGUUUCAAAAAAAAAGUAACUCAUUUAUAAUCCCAAUUAAAAAUUUAUUUAUUAUUCAGACUGCUACCAACUCUGUUCUAUAAAUAUUCAGCACUUCAUGACCAUUCAACACUCUACCAACCUUCUAAUAUCUCAAUCACUCUCUUAAUCAUUCACAAAUCACUUUUGAAGUUUUCACACCAUCAUUCAUUUCUUUCGAAAGUCGAAACUCCUAUCUUAAUUUGAAGUCUUUGGAGGAUUUUUGGUUAAUUGUUUCUGUCAUAAAAUAGUCUCUUCCCUUUUUUUGUUCAGACAAUGUUCUUGUCACACAUAGAAUGCAAUCGACUUGAUUUGCAAUUUUUUCUUAACAACAAAACGUGCGUCGAGAAAAGUUUUUAUUUCUGGAUUUUCCAAAUACCAACCGUUGUAACUUCGUUAUCGUGUCUUAAAACAUAAUCUGAAUUCUAAAUACUCUUCUUGUGGGUCAAGAUUUCGCAGUUUCUUGUGUAUCAAGUCACUUAAUGUCAGAGAUAUUGCAAAUGGGAAGUUCAUGUUUACCCCCAGGCUUCCGGUUUCAUCCUACAGAUGAAGAACUCAUCGACUAUUACCUAAAAAGAAAAGUCGAAGGUCUUGAGAUCGAGCUUGAAGUCAUUCCCGUUAUUGAUCUUUAUAAAUUUGAUCCUUGGGAGUUACCAGACAAGUCUUUUCUUCCGAAUCGGGACAUGGAAUGGUUCUUCUUCUGUUCAAGGGACAAAAAAUAUCCUAAUGGUUUUCGUACAAACCGAGGAACAAAGGCCGGUUAUUGGAAAGCAACCGGAAAAGACCGGAAAAUUACUAGUCGUUCAUCUUCUACAGUCGGCUAUAGAAAAACCCUAGUUUUCUACAAAGGUCGUGCCCUGUUAGGCGAUAGAACCACUUGGCUCAUGCAUGAAUAUCGACUAUGCGAUGAUGAGAGUUCAUCACAAGGUUCACAAACUUACAAGGGAGCUUAUGUGUUAUGCCGUGUGUCUAAGAAGAAUGAGAUCAAGACUAAUUCGAAAAUCCGAAGAAACCUAAGUGAACAAACACUUGGAUCAGGAGAAAGUUCUGGAUAUUCUAGUCGAGUGACUUCACCUAGUCGGGAUGGAACGAUGCCGUUUCACUCAUUUGUCAAUCCGGUUUCUACUGAAAUAGACUCUUCCAACAUUUGGAUUUCACCUGAUUUCAUUCUUGAUUCUUCAAAAGACUAUCCUCAAAUUCAAAAUUUUGCAUCUGAGUACUUUCAAGACUUUGAUUUUCCGGUUAUCGGUCAAGAAGUAAAUUUUCCAGCGAGUAUAUUGCAUACCGAUGUAGAUCAGAACAUGGAUGAAUCUAUGCAAACCGGUUAUUGGACAAAUUGUGGAUACGAUCAAACCGGUUUAUUCGGUUACUCAGAGCUCUCCUAAUCGGAGUCUCGUUUGAAGUCUCUUCUAAGACUAAACGGCUUUUAUGGUUCGAGUCAUCCCACUUGUAGCAUUGGUCUAUAGGAUUUGUUUUAUUAAUGUAUCCGGCGCUACUAGUGGUAUAACUGAUAGUUGCACCAAAAUAAAUAUAGUUCAACUCAAAACAUAAAUAAGGUUGAUGAUCCAAAAGAUAUAAAUUUAAAUGCAUGUGUUUGUUUUGUGAUUUUCUUGUUCGAAGGAAGAUAGUAAAUCCGUUCAUCCUCUUAAAAUAGCAACAACCCUCGCAUGCUUUGAAUGUCGAUGUGGCAAUUUGUUAGGAGCUUCGUUGUAGACGUAUUGGUUACAUACGCUGUCUUCAAAAUGAUUCUAAUCCAGUAAUUGAAUUAUUAAUCAUGGUCCAACAUUGAUUGGACCGGAAUUGACUAUUUUUUCAGGAUAAGUUAUCCAACUAUUAUUUUCCCUCUAAAUUGCUUAUGCACAAUAUUAAAAUACCAUAAGAAAAAUGUGUUGUUGUCAUAGUUUUCAUCUGUAGAUUGGCGAAGAUGGUUGAGUUCUUUGCGGUGGUUGAGUAUAAUUUAAAAUAUUAAUUUUUGAAUUAAAUUAAUUUUUAUUUAUACAUAUUUAAAAGAUAAAAUUAAAAACUAAAUUUUAUGAUAACUUAAAAGAAGAACGAAUUGAAAUAAUGAUAAUGUUUUUUUUGCUUUACUCGAUAAAUAUAUAUACACAUUUUUAUAUUAUAUCUUAUAAGUUUUAAUCUUUUUUGAAAGAAAUAUAGUGAUGAUAAUUUUGUUACUAUAAUACAUUUGUAGUUACUAUACUGAUAAACUUAAUCACUAUUAAGAGUAAUAAUAAUUUUAACCAGUUUAACUUUUAAUGUGAGAUCCAUGAGAAGAAAAAAAUUUCAUAAAUAUAUUUUUGUAAUAACUAAAAAAAACAUUAAAAGAUAAAAUUUAGAUAAUGAUAAUAUUUACUACGUAUAUUCGAUAAAUAUAUACACAUAUUUAUCUUAUUAUUUAACAAAUGUUACUUCAUUUAUUAGAUAAAUAUAUACACAGACUUAUUUUAUCAUUUAAUAUUUUUUAACCUUGUAGGAAAGAAAAUAAGUAAAAAUAAUUUUAUCAGUAUAAUAUAAUUGUGGUUAAUUUUAUUAUGUUAAACCUAAUUAUUAUAAUAGAUUUAUGUAUAUAUAUUAUAAUCAUAAGAAUAUAAUUCAUGAUCAAAACCCAAAAUUUGUUGGUUUUUUAACAUCCAAAUAUAUAGAUGGAAUGUGAGGCAAAGGGAAGAUGAAUACAUACUUAAAUAAAUUGUGACUAUAAUCUAAAUGGUCUUCUAUCUUUCAUAUUUGGUUUCGUGUAAAACUAAUUUGUUUAUCACAAUUGAUUCAAACGUUGUGUUCGCCUUCAAAAUCACUGAUUUGCCAUUUUUAACUGACAAUGGAUUUCUUAUUUACGGUUUUAAAGAAUCUAAAGAGGGUCUUAAAAUAUAUAUGAGUUCAUGUUGCUUAGUUUGAUGACCGAUGCCCUUUUUAGACCAACCCUUAGCAUCAACAGUAUUUUUGGCAGCUAUGUACGACGAACCCAUACCUGAAACCAAAUAAGAAUAAUGUACUUUUCUAAAUAUCUCAUUUAUUUUCUGAAGCUUUUUUAAGACAAACUUUUCACGAAUUUAUUAUUAGCUCUUAACAAUACUCACAACACACUGAAAACUGUUUUUUUUUAAUUAUAAAAUCUACUAUACUAAAAUUUAAAAAGUUGCAAUCAAGCACGGACCAUGGCCAAACAGCCCUAAGAACACCAUUCUCAACAACAAAUCCCCAUGCAGAAACAGUAGCUUCUCCAGCUAAAAACCUUGAAUGUUGAAAGUACCCUUCUUCCCAACGUAUAACAUCUGAGCACCAUGAUCCAUUUGGAAUCAUUAUUGUCCAUAGUAGAAGUUUGAAGCAUUUCUCCACUGUUCUUGUAGAACAAUUUUCCGUCUUCCACAACACCCUCUUAAGCUUUCCUUUACAUAUACACACAGCAUAAACAUGACAACAAAAAGAAAAUAAGUUUCUAAGUUAUCGACAUUAUUACUUCUUACUCCUUGCCAAUUUAUCAAACCUGUAACACUUCGAGCAAACGUACAUCUAAGUUUAUUUUUCAAGAUUCAGCUCAAACCUUUUUACAUAAAUGGGAAAAAGGAGUCAGUGAGAAGUAAUUACCAGUAGAAGUACGGGUCUCUACUCUGACAGUGGAGCAACUUGUAGUAAGAAUGCAGGUUGUGUCCAUACCAAUGUCUAGGGUCAAUAUGUUGCAACAAAGUGCAUAAUCCAAGAUCAGAUUAGGCUCAAUCCAAAAAGUCGAAUUAAAAGGAAACUGAAGCUGAGAUUAGUCUCUCUAUAACUUACUGCCUCAAGUGGGUGUUGUAAAGCAAGAUGUUGUGCCUUUCCAUCCUUGACAAACCUUUACCAACCCUAAUGCUCUUGUACAAGCUCUAGACCACCUGGAAUUUGCGGUUGCAUGUUUCUCAAUAUCAAAGAAUGAUAUAGAUCUUAUCUUCACACACAAACAGGCAUGUGAAUAGACAAUAAACAGAGAAAGAAGCACAAUUUCACACACAAUUUCUAAUUAGUAGAUUUAGGCAAAGAUCAAAGACUGAAAAAAAUAAAAGGAUAAGAACUUCUCGGAUCUGGAAGACAGAGCAAUGCACUGAGAAAUGAAUAAUUGGUCAUGGUCAAGAUGAAUAAGUACCUUGAAUAUACCACCAGAAAUGUAUUUACAACACUUGCAACUUCAUUUUCCUUUUUAUUGAUCAAGCUAUGAAGAGAGAGAGAGAGAGAGGGUGAUGAAAGAAAGAAAGAGACUUGAUUUGUAAACAAACAUCUGGCUUUGGAAAAGCCCAGACUGCACCGGUUAAAUUGUAUGAUCAAGGGCCAAGAGGCAAACAACAUCUUAGUGACUGACAUCUAAAAGUUUUGGCACCAAGAAAACACCUUAUGUACUCUCUGAACUUUUUGGUUGUUGAUCAUCAUCCACCUGACUGAUACAAUAGAACGUUUAAACUGUCAAUUCACUAAACAAUGUACAUACAAAAAUAAAAGCUUACUGACAACAUUUACAGCCGCUACACAAUUGUUCUAUAUACCAAUUUUUCCUUGAUAUGCAUUAUCUCAGUUUGUAAAGUGUAAACACGUUCUAGGACAUCCGGAUUGCUCACAAAUCGAAACCUAAAGAUAACAAAGAAGAAAAGAGUCUCAAUUUUAAUCAGUGUGUUAAAAAAGUAUCAUUUAAAAACAAUCUUAUAUUGAUAUAAAAUCUUAUAUCGGGCUUGAGAACAAUUGCGCAGCCACCUUUAGCAACUUAAUCUUGUGAUGUCUUCAAGUGAGCAAGAAAAGGAUCAAGCAAUCUUGUAGACACCUAGUGACAAACGUUAGCCACUUUACAGUCUCUAACACAACGCUUAACUAAACAUUAUGGGAUCAUUAACCAUUUUAAGGCUUUUAUUCUUAUCAAGGAACCCUAAAAAUGCAAUCUUUCAACUUUUACAUUACAAUAUUCUCAGAAACGUUACAGUUUCAAACACAAAGUUGAGCAUCCUAUGUUCUUAACUAAACAAUUUUGAUCAAUUACAAUUAAACAGAAAGAAGUUAUAUUACCAGGUUCGACCAAAUAAAACAGAAAGAACUUUUCAGAUAUCAGAUCAUCGGAAAAAUAACCCACAAAGCAAAAUAAGAAAGAAACAAAGAUUGCAGAAAUAGACGGUUCAGAUAUAAGGAGAGGAGGAGUAACAGAAUGGAUAUACAUACCAUGAUUCGAGCCGCUAGUGAGUAGAAGCAGCGACAGGCUCAUACCUAGUGUUGGGUUUGCGGGUCAACCCGCCCCGACCCGCCCCGCCCCGCUGCGGGUUGAAUCAUUUUUUUGAUUCAAAAAAUUGACCCGCAUAACUCACAAACAAAAAAAUUUCUACCCGCACCCGCCCCGCAAAAACCCGCGGGUAACCCGCUUAACCCGCGGGUAAUAUUAAUUAUAUUAAAAAUAAUUAUUUUAAUUAAAAAUAAUUAUUAUAUAGUUAAAAAAUAUUAUUUUAAAAAAAUUAUAUUAAAAUAAUAUAUUAAUAAUUAAAAUUAUAUAAAUAUUUACGAGAUUUAAUAUAUUUUUUAUAAAAAAAAACAUUUUUUU